UUCUUCAUUCAGUUGUUGACCAGUUCUCCCUGACGAAACGACGACAAAUCGACAGAAUGAUGAAGAUCAUUAUUAUUGCCCUCGGCAUUUCCUCCUGUCUGGGUGCAGCGUUAAAUAACCACGUUAUCGCAAAACGCCAGGCGGAUCAUCAGGGGCAACAAUUCGGUGUCCAAAUACCAAAUCUCCCUUUCAAUUUGCCUCCAAAUUUCCCCUUUCACAAUCCCUCAUUUCAAACCCCCAUCAACCCCAUCAACCCCUUCAACCCCCAAGGAGGGAUCUACGACCAGCUUGAUAGACACUUUCUGCCUGCCAACCACAAGUGUGUCAAGCCGUACAACCUCAGCGUAGAACUCGGCCCUCUGUCUGACAGUGCUGAAGGAUAUCCCUUUGACGCUAUCAACCUGGAGAGAUCUCAGCGUCCAGACCUAGCUUUCUACCUUCCCCCAGCGCUCACGGAAGUUACUGAUGGGGUCUAUGCAGUUGACAACAGUUUUUCCUGCCCAACCACAAGGAAGAGGAUGAGGAGUUUCGCCAGAUAUGAAGGACGCUGCUGGGUUCUGUCUGACUUGCAGGAAAUUGACUAUGGCUACUGCUCCAACAACUACUGCAGCAACCACUACGACAGCUCCUUCUACGCCAGGAACAUGUGCAUGGAGCAGUUUGAUACUCUCUACGUCUGGGUCUACUGCGACAACUUUCAGGUCCCCAACCUACGUAUCAGGCAGGAAGCCGUUCGAGUUCCUAAGUUCUGCUCUUGCAAGAAUAUGAAAUGUAUUUAGAUUGUAUCAACUUUGAAGCAAUACUCACUCAUGUCAUUAAAGAUAUAUGUUAGUUUAUAAUACAUUGCUUUCACCAACCUUGUGUUACACAAACAUGUAACUCCUUAGUUUUUAAGUAUUAUUAUUUUUAUUUUCAUACACGAAAAUCUAAUUAUAACCAGCUCAAUAUUUUUAUAUAAAUAUAUUUUUUCUUUUGCUACAUUACAUACAAUUCGAA